GAGCACCAGGAACAAGCCGGUGGUGGUUCGUCUUUUGAUAAGUAGUAUCGGAUGUCCCAUGGGCAUGGUCUAAUUCUUUACUGUGGAACCUGGGGGCCAGCUGCCAGCACUGCUAAUAAGAAAAAAAAAGAAAGAAAGAAAGAAAGCCUAGUCAUUAUUGGUCAGACUCCCACAUGGAAUAAAUACAAGAUUUUAAUAAAUUCAGGUUGAGCAAUUUGAGAUGCCAAACCUAGAAGGUCAAAACUACUAGUAACAAGACUGCAUGAUGUCACAUGCUAACAUGAAAAAGAUAACAGUGAGUGGACUUGAUGAACAUGCUCUUGAAAACUAGAUAACUUUGAUAAGCUGGAAUACAGGUUUAUAAUGCAGCAGUAGAAUAGCCACAUAUUUGCAGACUGGCACAUCGAAAUGUGAUUAGAUCCAGGGUAUAUUAUAUAUAAUAUAUUACCAAUUAAAGCGAACUUUGGAAUAUUAACAUAUGCAGUAGCUUUGACUAAAAUACAUAAAGAUUGCAAACCAGUAGAUCCUUCUAAUUAACUGCCUCAGGAGGAAAAUACCAGAAAGAUUUAAUAAUGCUUCACCAGAGCCAAUCCCCGUUCAGCAACAGGUUUGCCCAGUUCUUGGACUGGGUGUGUUUCUACAUGUACAGGCCAUGGUAUCUGCUAUUGGAUGAGUUUCUAUGCUGCUUCGUCCCCACAACACAGGAAUUGAAGACCCCAUGGCGACGGCUACCACAUCUUUUUAUCAUAGCGCCACUCACACUGCUUGGCACUAUAGCUACUCUUCCACUGUUGGUGAUUAGUUUUUCUCUGUGGUUUCUGUUGGUGCAACCAUUUAUUGUGCAACCGUUCAUCUACUCCUGUUCGAUACGGAAAGAAACAGUGUCUUAUUUGAAAGAUCAGUAUACAUUUGUUACAGCUAAUGUGUGUUUGCUGCCUAACUGUGUGGGGAGGAUGAAUAAUUUGACUCAUAAUACCCUCAGAGGCUCUGAGAUGGGCAGAGAGUUUGCUAGGACUGGAGCCAAAGUUUCAGGUGAUUGUGAUGGUUGUGACGGAACAUCACAUCUAACGCAAUUGUCUAAAGCUAACACUACAAUUAAAAAUAAUGGUCAUGUUCAAAAUGGUGCAGCUCCUGUAAGAAUACCAGCAGCAAAGGGAAAAGAAGAGGAUCCUAUAGAUCAUGCCAUUCUCACAGAAUUUCCAGCAUCUGAUUUUGUCUGCUUCCAAGAAACAUUUGAUCGACAGAGCAGUAAAAGAUUGGUAGAAGAACUUCACAAGUGCUAUUCAUACAUUAUCUAUGACGUAGGUGUUCAUAGCUUGCAUAGUAAUUUUUAUACCUACAACAGUGGCCUUGCCAUUGCCAGCAAGUAUCCUAUAAUGCAUGCAGAAUUUGACUACUUUCAAGACAGUAAAAUGCAGUGCCGUUUGUCCUCUAAAGGAGUUCUUAUCACUAAAAUCCUAUUAGGACAGAACAGCACAGGACAAGAUGUAGUUGGAUACCUGACAAAUACUCACUUACAAGCAUAUCCAGGCAAGGAUAAAACACAUCUAAAACAGUUAGACUGCUUGGUGCAAUGGUUGGAGGAGUUUAGGUCCAAGAAGGAUUCCUUUGGGGAAGUGGUCGCCUUUGAUGUAGUGUGCGGUGACUUCAACUUUGAUAACAUGUCUCCAGGUCACCACUAUUGCUGGGAGCAUCCCUUGUUUGAUAAGUAUGUCGAUAUCUGUCGAGUGAAGCCAGGUUUAGAUAAGGAAUGGGUCCUUGGCACUGAUCGUCGGCACAUACCCAUGUGGGAUCCAAGGAUAGGAACACCAGAGAAAUUUAAAUCUGCCCUAGAGGAUCCCGCCUUACGCCAGUAUUAUGUGUUUGAUGCUGACAUAGAGGUCAGUAGUCUGGAUUACGCUGGUGUGAUGCCAGAGAGAGAUGAACAUGGUGAUAUUAUUUUGAAGCCCACUGUAGGUGGAAAGAGGAGAUUGGAUUACAUACUGUUCAGAAGGGGCAGUAUUCAGAAUGUAACCAGGUUAAAUUUUGUGACCCAGUUGGUUUUACUGACUGACCACAUCCCAGUAAGCAUGACCUUGAGAACUAUAAAAGCGGCCAAAUAGCCCAAACAAUAUACUUAACUACAUGUAGUGGCUAUUUGGCUAUCUGAUCCCAAACCAGGCAUCCAAACAACCAGACCAUAUUAUAGUCAAAUAACCAAGUCAGGUGGUCAAAAAAUCAGACCAAAGUGCCAAGUAGCCAGACACUCUAAUCAGAUAGCCAAAUAGCCAAGCCAUCCACACAAAUAACCAGACCAUGUAUAACCAAAUAGCCAAGCCAGGAGGCCGAGAAACUAGACCAGAGUGCCAAAUAGCCAAUUCAUACGUCUAAAUAUAUAUGGACCAGAUAGCCAAAUAGCCAUGGGGCUAAAAAUAUAUAGACCAGAUAGCCAAAUAGCCAAGCCAUGUGGCUAAAUAUACAGAACAGAUAGCCAAAUAACUGUGCCAGGUAACAGGUAACCAUAUAACAGGACAAUUUGCCAAGUAGCCAUUCCAGGUAGUCAGGUGCACAAAUCAGAUAGUCAAAUGUCCAGGAUAUAAAGUCAAACAACCAUUCCAGGUAGUUGGGGAACCUGUAGCAGAAAUCAGGAACCCAUACCCGACCGCCAAAUAUGUCCAGGCCAAUGGUUAAAUAAUGAGUUCAUAUUAUUGUCAAAUAGACAACAUUGCUCAGUAACACAAACAGAUAUUUGAAAAAUAUGAUUAAUCACAUGUGUUUAGAUUAAGAGAAAAAUUAUUGCAUUUAUUCAUCCUGUCUGAAAUUGAUUUAAAGGAAUAUAUAGCUGCCUGGUGGUUUUGAACGGGUUAAAGUUUACUUAAAGGGAUAAUAACUCUUCGUAUGAGAUCUAUAUUUCACAAUAAAAACA